CUAAUACCAUCUUCCGCUUUGUUCCAUUCACUCUUAGCAAUGGCGAAGCAAGUCUCCGAUCACCUGGAGCCAUGGCGCGACCUACCAGACAAGGUCGUCAUGGUCACCGGCGCCUCUUCCGGCCUCGGCCGUGACUUCUGUUUGGAUUUGGCCAAAGCCGGCUGCCGGAUUGUCGCCGCUGCUCGCCGCGUCGACCGCCUCCAGUCUGUCUGUGAUGAAAUCAACCAGCUCUCCACCGCGCCGCCGCAGCCGAGGGCCGUCGCGGUCGAGCUCGACGUCAGUGCCGACGGCUCUGCUAUUCAGAAGUCUGUGCAAAAGGCUUGGGAUGCCUUCGGCCGCAUCGAUGCCCUCAUCAACAAUGCCGGUGUCAGAGGUAAUGUGGCGUCUCCAUUGGAAUUGUCUGAGGAGGAGUGGAACAGCACUUUCAAGACAAACUUGACUGGCACCUGGUUGGUGUCAAAAUAUGUUUCCUUAUGCAUGCGUGAUGCAGGUAAGGGAGGAUCAAUCAUUAAUAUAUCUUCCAUUUCUGGUCUUGAUCGUGGAUCUGUGCGUGGAGGUUUAGCCUACAAUUGCUCAAAGGCUGGCGUAAACACCUUGACAAAGGUCAUGGCUGUGGAGUUGGGGGUACACAAGAUCAGAGUGAAUGCAAUAUCACCUGGGCUUUUCAGAUCUGAAAUUACAGAGGGUCUUAUGCAAAAAGAUUGGCUACACAAUGUGGCUAUGAGGACUGUCCCUUUGAGAACAUAUGGCACUUCAGAUCCAGCAUUGACAUCACUAGCUCGUUAUUUGAUACAUGACUCCUCUGAAUAUGUCUCGGGCAAUAUUUACAUUGUAGACGCAGGACUCACCUUGCCAGUGUCAGGUCUUUAAAACGGGGGUUCGAAUAAGCUUUUCUGGCGAUACACGAGCUGAGCAGUGCUGGCCCUAUCAUGAAUAUAUUAGGCCCAUAUCCUACUGAAAGGCCAGAAAAAUUUGGUCCUAUGGGCAAGCAGACACAAAUAACUUAUUUUAGGAGGGUUUAUGGUUUCUGUUGUCCUUCAUUAGCCGGAUCGUUCAUUUUAUAAAUUACCCUUUAAAAAACGUUUGUGCAAAAAAUAAAUCAGAAGCAGCUUUCCCACUUGGUUUUCCCCAAAAGAAGAGAUCUAUUACUCGAGCAACCAGAAGUGAUGCAAAAGCCGAGAAUCAUCAUGCUAAAGGAAUCUCUGCGACUGCUGGUACUGCCUCUUGUUCCUAUUCUGUGCCAUCUAACUCUAAUACUGAUGUAAACCCACCCCCACUUGCUGGACUGCUGGAGUUCAUGAACAUCAAGAAGUGGGUUUGAAAUUGCCAAUGACAAGCAAGAAGUGAUGCUUUUGCUGAAAUUGAAGAAGCUGAUGAUAUUUUAAAGACAUAAACUUGAAAAGGCCACGAAUGGGAACGAAGAAUAGUGAGUGUGAAUGAUGUUCUGUCAGUGGGAGUGGCAGGCUAAUUAUGCAACACAAAAAUAACAGUGUAUUGUGUUUUUGAAAUUAGGGUGUGCAUUGACAUGAUUUUUUUUAUUUUUUUUUCUUUCGAUGGAAAAAUAAUACAACAGCUACAAAGUAUCUCCCCUAAUACAACCUAGCUCAGAAAAAUCAAACUGAAAAGCAUGAGCAGCCGAAGUAGGCAGA